AUGAAAGGGAUUGGGAAUCUGACGAAGCUGGAAAGUUCUGAGAAAGGUUCCAAAAAUCUAACUACUGUUACGAGCACCGGUUCUUCAAAGAAGAUAAAACAACUUCUUGCCCAACAGAAAGUCAUGGCCCAGGAAACCAAGCAACGAAAGCAAGUGAUCUUGGAAAAGAAGACCCAACGACUUCAGAAGCGGAAAGAAAGGAAUAUUGCAAUGCAAAAGCGCACCAGCAAGGGACAACCAAUCAUGCGACAUCGUGUCAAGUUGUUAUUGGAUGAACUAAAAGCGAUGAGUUAA